AAUCUUUUAUAACCGAAAGAAAUGUUUUGCUGAAGGCCGUGUUCAAGGUCGUACGUUUUGUCUCUGUCGCAGCUUCACCCCGAGCAGAUUUAUAAAGUCGGCGCAGCCAGAAAAUGAACGCUAGUUUGAUUGCAACCCGUUUGUGCAACGCAGGACGUCGCAUUUGCAUCAGACAGUUGCAGAGUUCCGCCGCAGUCAUGGCUAAAAUUGGUGAUGCUAUUCCAAACGUGGACUUGUUCGAAGAUGUGCCCACAAAUAAAGUCAACCUCGCCGAAUUGUCCAAGAACAAGAAGAUAAUUGUCUUCGCCGUUCCUGGAGCCUUCACACCUGGUUGUUCUAAGACACAUUUGCCGGGUUACGUGGAAAAAGCCGACGAAUUGAAAGCCCAAGGAAUCAGCGAAAUCGUCUGCGUCUCCGUCAACGAUCCGUUCGUGAUGGCUGCCUGGGCCAAGGAUCAAAACACUACCGGUAAAGUUCGCCUUUUGGCCGAUCCCCAGGCUCAACUGGCCAAAGCUCUGAAUCUGACCGUUGACAUCGCACCACUUGGAGGAGUCAGGAGCAAGCGGUACUCUUUGGUGGCCGAAAACGGAAUCAUUAAGUCUUUGCAAGUGGAACCAGAUGGCACUGGUUUGUCUUGCUCUUUGGCUGAUAAAAUUAAAGUUUAAUUUCGAAAAUCAUAUACAAACACUUUAUGUUUUUUUUUUGAACUAUUUUUAGAUGUACAAAAUCGUUGUUAGGCAAUUACAAUUAUUAUUAAUCAAUUAAUCAA